GCCAUUUCAUUUCUCGGUGGGGACAAGAUGGCGGCUACGGCGGCGGCGGCGGCAUCGGCCGGGCCCGCGGGCGGAAAGAGCGGCGGCUCCACCGGCUCAACCGGCAUCCUCAUCGGCGACAGGCUCUACUCCGCCGUCUUCCUCACCAUCGACAACUCGCUCAUCCCCGCGGACAAGCUGUCGCCCACGCCCGCCAUGCAGGACGGCCUAACGCUGGAGGCGGAGAGCGACCUCCGCAUCCUGGGCUGCGAGCUCAUCCAGGCGGCCGGCAUCUUGCUGCGGCUGCCGCAGGUGGCCAUGGCGACAGCACAGGUCCUAUUCCAGCGCUUCUUCUUCUCGAAGUCCUUUGUCAAACACAAUUUUGAGAUUGUCGCAAUGGCGUGUAUCAAUCUUGCAUCAAAAAUAGAAGAAGCACCUCGUCGCGUAAGAGAUGUGAUAAAUGUGUUCCACCAUUUGCGCCAGCUAAGAGGCAAAAGGAGUCCGACACCACUGAUACUUGAUCAAAACUACAUUAACACCAAAAACCAAGUGAUCAAGGCAGAAAGACGAAUCCUGAAAGAGUUGGGAUUUUGUGUUCAUGUGAAACAUCCGCACAAGAUUAUUUUUAUGUAUCUUCAAGUCCUUGACUGUGAACGAAAUCAAACUCUUGUUCAGACAGCUUGGAAUUACAUGAAUGAUAGUCUCCGCACAAGUGCAUUUGUCCGGUUUAAACCAGAGACUAUCGCCUGUGCUUGCAUCUACCUUGCAGCCAGAGCAUUGCAAAUUGUUUUGCCAAAUCACCCUCACUGGUUUGUGGUUUUCAGUGCAACUGAAGAGGAAAUCCAGGAUAUCUGCAUCACUACUUUAAAACUUUACACACGAAAGAAGCCAAACUACGAGCAUGUGGAAAAGGAGGUUGAAAAGAGGAAAGUUGCACUACAAGAAGCUAAGUUGAAAGCUAAAGGGUUAAACCCAGAUGGAACUCCGGCACUUUCCACACUGGGAGGCUUUUCCCCGGGAUCUAAACCAUGUUCACCCAGAGAAGUUAAAGCAGAAGACAAAACACCUGGAGUUCAGAAUCCUAAACCUAUCAAGAGGGAACUAGAAGAACGGCAAAUGAAUGCCAAUAAAAGUCCUUACAAUGGGUUGAGGAAAGAAAAUAAACCAAUUCGAAACAGUAGGAGCAUCAGUCGUUCAAGGUCUCGAACAAGAUCAAGAUCCCAUUCUCCCCGAAGGCAUUACACCAGGAGAAGCAGGUCUGGGACGUACAGUUCUCGAUCGAGGAGCCGGUCCCACAGUCGCAGUGCUUCUCCCCGGCGCCGGCACAAUCACACGUCGCCGCACGUCAAGCCAAAGCCUCCGCGGGAGGAGCCAAAGAUGGCCGUGCGGCACGGACACAAGAGGAAGAAAUCGAACAGUCGGUCCCGCAGCCGCAGUCAAUCCCAGGAGCGCUGCGACCCCGCCAAGAAGCGGCGGCACGACAAAGAGCAUCAACGGGAUCGGCACGAGCGCUCGCGGUCUUACGAUAGGAUCCACAAGGGCAAGCACCACGGCACCGGCCACUCGGCCCAUGGCAGGCACCGGCGGUAAAGUGGCACAGCUUGUGCCCGCAUGUAAUUACGUUAAAUGUGUAGUUUAUUAACUUGUAAAUGAUGCUUUUUAUAAGGAUUUGUUUCAAGGGUGUUUUUGCUUUGUGGCGGUCAUUAAUGGAAAAACAAAUGAGGGAGAAUUUGCACACUUUGAGAAAUAUAGAUAUACUUUAUUUGACAGUGUACAGGUAACCAUGGACUCUUGUGUAUGCUGAGUUUUUCUCUAUUCUACAGAAUUUGACGGGAGAUUGCUGUAGAAAUGUACCUUAUUUUUAUACAAUGAAAAUGGACACUGGUACAUUUACGUACAAGUUCAUUUGUUUAAAAACUGUGGUGAUUACUUUGUUGGACUUUUUUUUAGUCUGCAUGUGGUCAUUUUUACAGAAAUAAAAGCCAAAAAAAA